GUGUGGAUCGCUGAGAGACUACGAGGGUCCGGUUCAGUUUUAAUUCUGUCUCUAAUCUCCGCCACGGCGGCGCUUCCCGGGUCCGGCGGCUCCUGCAGCUCCCUCGCCCGCUCAGCCGCUGCUGGCCGCCCGGCGGGGCUCAGAGCCGCCUCUGCCCCGUCACCCACCAUGGAAACCCUCCAAGAAAAAGUGACCCCGGACGCGCGUGCCUGAGGAUUCCGGGAAAAGAGGUGCCCAAAAUGAAGACCUUGAUGCGCCAUGGUCUGGCAGUGUGUUUAGCGCUCACCACCAUGUGCACCAGCUUGUUGCUCGUAUACAGCAGCCUUGGCGGCCAGAAGGAGCGGUCCCCGCAGCAGCAGCAGCAACAGCAGGCGACCGGCAGCUCGCAGCCGGCGGCGGAAAGCAGCCCCCAGCCGCGGCCCGGGGCCCCCGCGGGACCGCGGCCGCUGGACGGGUACCUUGGCGUGGCGGACCACAAGCCCCUGAAAAUGCACUGCGGGGACUGCGCUCUGGUGACCAGCUCCGGGCAUCUGCUGCGCAGUCAGCAGGGCCCUCAGAUCGACCGCACCGAGUGCGUCAUCCGCAUGAACGACGCACCCACGCGCGGCUAUGGGCGCGACGUGGGCAAUCGCACCAGCCUGAGGGUCAUCGCGCACUCCAGCAUCCAGAGGAUCCUCCGCAACCGCCAGGACCUGCUCAACGUGAGCCAGGGCACCGUGUUCAUCUUCUGGGGCCCCAGCAGCUACAUGCGGCGGGACGGCAAGGGCCAGGUGUACAACAACCUGCAGCUGCUGAGCCAGGUGCUGCCCCGCCUGAAAGCCUUCAUGAUCACGCGGCACAAGAUGCUGCAGUUCGACGAGCUCUUCAAGCAGGAGACGGGCAAAGACAGGAAGAUCUCCAACACUUGGCUUAGCACCGGCUGGUUCACAAUGACGAUUGCGCUGGAGCUCUGUGACAGGAUCAAUGUUUAUGGCAUGGUGCCCCCAGACUUCUGCAGGCAUUUCUCAAGUACCGACUAUGUGCCGGGCACCAUGCCAAAAAGGAAGAGGGUUUAAAUGCUCUGGGGAGAUGCAGAGACACCAUCCUUCCCCCAGGACAUCUCCAGCCUCUGCACGGUCCGUUCCCACACCCAGCGGGCAAGGUCAACCCGGAUCAGACUGCCACAGCAAAGGCCCUCCCUUUUUCUCACCCACCGCAAGGUUCUCGGCUGAGACAAGUGAAGACACAAAAAAACAGGGGCAGCUGCACGUUCAUCUGCGAAGUCUGCUGAAGCUUGACCUCUCCCGCCAGCGCUGUGAGGUCUGAGUGGACGGAGCGGGCAGAACCUGAUGGUCAUAAACCGAGGGGCGGCAGCACGGCUCGUUUGUUCAGAUUCUCUUGGCAUUUCUGUGUCUUUGAGGAUAAGGAUGUUCCUUUCCUCUAGGUACAGUGAGGGUAUCUCUGAAAUUAAGGUGUUAUGACCUACUUAAAAGAAGGACACAAAAAUAUUUUAUAGCCUGCUUCGGGGGAGAAGGGUGAGGGGAGGGUGAGCGUGGCCUUCCUGCUUCUGUUCUUUCCUCAAAUGCCAAGGGACUGUAUUUUGGAGUAGAGUGUCUUGAACACUGUCAGUACUCAUAAAUGGAAGUGUCUUCCCUUGCUUGUUAAUAUGAUGACAUUUUUUCCCAUUAGUACUGCUUAACUACAGAAGAUCCCAAAAUGGGGCAUUCAAACGCUGGUUCCGUUAAUAUUGGUGGGCAGAAUUACAAAUAAGCCUCUGCUUACCACCCUGGUGAGCUACAGGAAGAGCCACACGUGGGGCAUCUCGAGGGCUUGGGAGGAUGAAGCGAGGACAGGCUGCUCCCAGCUGUACGCUGCCGAGGCCAGUGGGGACCGGGAGCGUCAUCCUUAUAGGAUCCCCACCUGGAGGGCAGGAGGUUCUCUGAAACUCAGAACCUCAUUCUUGAGAGUACAGCAUCCGGAGUCAACCAGCUUUGGUCCAAAUCUUGGCUCUGAAUAUUUUUCAAUUACUCUGUGCAUGAGUUUUCUCACCUAUGAAAGAAGGGCGACAAUGAUGCCUCUGAGCAGACACUUAAGUCACCUCGGACCUGGCUGCACCUGAGAAUCUUCUAAAAAAUUUUUUAGCAUAAGAAUCUGUUAAGGAGCUUUUUCCUUGUAUGUUAUAAAAAAUAUUAUUUAUGUUAAUUUUUGUUUUAAAUAAGAAUCUGCUAAGGAGAUGCUUUUUUAUGCUAUGUUUUAUGCAAAAUUUUAUGUAUGUUAAUUUUUGUUUUAAAUGGCUUUACAGUUACAGAACAGUUACAAAAAUAGUAUAAGGCAGUCACAUACCCUUUAUCCAGCUUCCCCACUGCUGAUAGUUUGUAUUACUAUGGUCUAGUUAUCAUAAGUCGCCACCGUUUUGGUGUCACCAAAGGUCCCUGUGUCAUCCAGUAGGCAUGACAAUGCCAUAAACCAUCGGCGUCACUGAGAUUUUACCAGUGUCUCUACUAACGUCCAGGAUUCCUUUGCAUUUACCUGUUAGAUCCCCUUCGUCUCUUCAAAUCUGUGAUGUUCCUCAGUCUCUCCCGGUCUUCCAUGACCUUGACGCUUUUGAAGAGUGCCAGUCAGGGAGUUGGGAGAAAAUUCCUCUCUUCGGGUUAGUGUAAUAUUUUCCCAUCCUUAGACGAAGGUUAUGCAUUACAGGAAAAGAUACCACAGAAAUAGUAAGCCCGUCUCAGGAUUUCAUAGCUGAGAUUCAUGAUGUCAACAUGGCUUAUUAUUAGUGAUAUUAUCCUGGCUCACUUGGUUCAGGUGGUGUCAGGUGGAUUAGCCCAGGGUAAAGUUAC